GGCCGGGGUGCAUGUUCAUUUGAUCUGCUAAUCUCGUCGGGGAUGCUUGUUUUAUGCUGAUCGUUUCGGUAGUUCGCGAAUCGCUCAGGGGUCCGAAGUUACGCCGCUGGAACGGGAGCAGUUCGUCAAUCAAUCAAUCAAUCAAUCUACGCGGUUCGAUCGGUCAUCAAAGGGGCUGAACUUUGCAAGUGUGGUCAUUGUGAGUGUGAAUUACUACCACGUGUGAGGGCGAAGCAUCCGCUGUGGUUGCGGUUGAAAGAAGUGUUCGGAACGUUUGUGAAGUGCAUCUGCUGAAGAUGAAAUUUGUGCAAAUGAGAUGCUGAUUAAAUCGCACCCCACUUAGCCAGAUAAUCAUAAUCGGUGGAAGCAGAAGUGCAGCACAAAAGCAUAAUCGUGCGAGACGGGAACUGAACACAAAACUGCAUCGCAGAAAAGGUGAAGAAGGCCGCCGAACAGCAGCUAAAAUUACGAGCAGUAGUGCGUUGAAGAUCGACGAGUAUCGACUUGAAGAGGCUCUCGGAUACUUAGGUGUGGUUGAAGUUUAAUUGUUACAUAAAGUUAUACGAAAGUCGGCACAUGAGGAACAGAAGUGGGUUUACAGAAAACGAAUAGAUAGGCAACACAAAAAAAAAAGAUCGUUGUGAAUUGGGAUCGUGGCGUCAGAGAAUCAGUUACCCACUUCCUGAAAACUGCAGCAGUGAGCCGAAUUAGUUAAAUCGUUGAUGAUACAUGCUUUCGGAGCGGAUCAAAGUGAUAUUAAGUAACUGUUGUGCACCCCGAAGAAGCAUAUUAAAUUGUGAAAACAUUUGAAUCAUUGUCGUCAUCUAGGAGAGCUACCACCCAGAAGUGAGUAAGGAAUUCAAGCCGGAAAAAAGUGGACAACGAAGUGGAACUCCACGUGACCGUGUCCGCCAGAAGAGAUUGGACGUCGCCCCAGCAUUGCCGUCAUGUGGAAGUACAUUGUCAUCGUAUCGGUGUUUGGAGUAUACCUGCUUAGGAACCAUCAAAUAAAUGGGCAAGUGUUUGGUUACGAACCGGACGUGGACUACCCGGCAUACGACAGGAUUCCCUCCGGCUUGACAUUCCGCUGCUCGGACAAGGUGCCCGGCUACUACGCAGACGUCGACACACGGUGCCAAAUCUGGCACUGGUGCCUCCCGAACGGCUACAUGUUCUCCUUCCUGUGCCCCAACGGAACCGUUUUCAAUCAAGCUCAUCGAGUAUGCGACUGGUGGACCAACGUCAACUGUGGGGAUUCGUUAGGGCUGUACGACAACAACAACGAACUGUACCGGGACGUGGAAGGAAACCUGAUAGCUGGAUAACGACAGAAUUCUGUGGUUGUUGUGCUUUCCUAUAAUUUAUUGUUGUUAAGUUUUAACCGUACCUAUUUAGAGUGUAUGUAGAGACGUUCUGACUUUGAUCGAUGACAAAUGUACGAUAUGCUAUAGCUUAAUAUAGCUUAUAAGACUUAAACGACACAACGAGCUAGUGUGCAAUUUAUCAAACUUCUAAGCGUGAUCCAACUUAUCAAAUACUGAGAUUUUUCUUUUAGUUGAUUUUUAUUUCGAGUGUUUUUUUUUUUAUUUUGUAAAUAUAAAUUAAUAAAAC